CAUGCAUACAAACACGUAACACAAUACAAACCCUAACCCUAAGUUUGUGAGCAAAACUUCCACAAUGGCAACACCACUCCUUGGACCACCGGAGAUGCGCCUCUCCACCCUCACCACCUCCACCACCACCACUACCACCGCCAAUCAACCCAAACCUCCAAUGGGUCGCACCGAAAACAAUUCCGCCACCUACUUGUCUACCGGAAACCCAUGCCUCGACUUCUUCUUCCAUGUAGUGCCCGACACCCCGCCGAAACAAUUGGUGCAGAGAUUACUUUCGGCAUGGGACAGCGACGCGUUAACAUCCCUAAAACUCGUGUGCAACUUACGUGGUGUACGGGGGACUGGGAAAUCCGACAAGGAAGGGUUUUACACGGCGGCGUUGUGGUUGCACAAACACCACCCGAAAACUCUAGCGUGCAACGUGAGGGCCAUAGCGGAGUUCGGGUAUUUCAAGGACAUGUUGGAGAUUCUCUACCGGUUACUCGAAGGACCCGAGAUCCGGAAAAAGGAAAAAUCGGAGUGGCAGAGUCGGAGGAAACAAGUGAUGGAUCGAGACGUAGGCCGAAAGAAGAGGAAGGCGACCGAGGAUAGGGAGAAAGUGAAGGGUUUGAGGUUGGGGAAGACGGUGGCGAAGGCCAAAAAAGCCUUUGAAAGGUAUAACCGCGAUCCGGACUACCGGUUCUUGCACGACCGAGUGUCGGAUCUCUUUGCGAAGCUUCUGAGAUCCGACAUGGAGUUCUACAAUGCCGGGGACCUCUACAAAAUCAGCCUCGCGGCCAAAUGGUGCCCCUCUCUCGACUCCUCCUACGACAAAGCUACACUCAUGUGCGAGAGCGUUGCAAGGAAAUUAUUCCCGCGAGAAGAGCACAUAGAGUACCAUGACAUCGAAGAAACUCACUACGCUUAUAGGGUUCGCGACCGCCUUCGAAAGGACGUACUCGUCCCUCUCCACGCAGCUCUAGAACUCCCGGAAGUCUACAUAUGCGCAAAGAAAUGGAACAACCUCCCGUACAAUCGCGUUCCCUCGGUCGCAAUGAAGCUCUACAAGAAGUUCUUCUACAAGCACGACAAGGAGCGAUUCGAGGAGUAUUUAGAGAAGGUGAAGAGCGGGAAGAGCACAAUAGCGGCCGGAGCACUACUUCCCCACGAGAUCAUCAAGUCCUUGGACGACGAGACCGGUCCAGAGGUGGCAGAGCUCCAAUGGAAGCGAAUGGUGGACGACAUGGCGAAGAAAGGCAGGUUAACGAAUUGCAUGGCGAUUUGCGACGUAUCGGGGAGCAUGGAAGGGACCCCUAUGGAAGUCUCGGUCGCGCUGGGCCUUUUGAUAUCCGAGCUGAGCGAAGAGCCGUGGAAAGGGAAGCUAAUAACAUUCAGCGAGAAGCCACAACUUCACACGAUCAAAGGAGAUAGUCUUCGAUCCAAGACGGAAUUUAUCAGGAUGAUGGAGUGGGGAAUGAACACGGAUUUCCAAAAGGUCUUCGACCGGAUCUUGGAAGUCGCGGUGCAGGGGAAGCUGAGGGAAGACGAGAUGAUAAAGACGGUUUUCGUUUUCAGCGACAUGGAGUUUGAUCAGGCCUCGAAGUCCUCGAGAUAUAGUUAUCGCUCGUGUUAUGGUCGGGCCUCGGCUAAUACUAGUAACAACUGGGAGACAGAUUAUAUGGUGAUUGAGAGGAAGUACAAGGAGAAGGGGUACGAGAAGGUGCCGCAGAUAGUGUUUUGGAAUCUGAGAAACUCGGUUGCCACGCCGGUUCCGAGCAAGCAGAAGGGCGUGGCGUUGGUGAGCGGGUUUUCGAAGAAUCUCGUGACAUUGUUUCUGGAGGGAGGGAUUUUGAGCCCUGAGGCUGUGAUGUUGCAAGCUAUCAGUGGAGAGGAGUAUCAGAAGCUUGUGGUGCUUGAUUGAGGGAAAAGUGUGAAGGAAAAAGGCUAGAAAUGAAGGCGCAUACAUAUGGCUUUUGAACCCGGAUCUUAAAAAUGCGGAGUUUCUUGGACAAAAUCGAAUAAAAAGGGCUUGAUUUGAUGAUUUCAAGUAGUAAGGAUUGUAAUGUGACUAUCAUUUGUGCCAAUCGAGUGGGGAUUAUUUGAAUUUUGAAUGUCGAGAUUUGG